AUGGGCACAAAACUGACCGAACUAUACGAUUUCGAACUGGGUACCCUUGGACUAGAAUCGCUGAUGCCACGAAUGGGAAAUGUUUACUACGUUCCAUCGACUGUGUUGACUAGAAGCGUUAGAAGUUUGUCUAUUUGCACUCUUUACUCGUCUGUAGGUUGGUGGUCACUAUCGCUUAUGAGGACUCCGUAUGAUAUUUGGAUGAUCGCGUGGAUUGCCAUUGUAGCUGUUAUCGUCCAAUUUACUGUGUUUUGCCGAAGACGAUCGCGCCCAACUUUAACACAGUUCGACCUUGGGAAGGCUAGACAUGAACCAGAAACGUACAAUCCUGUAUUAGAGGCAAUGUUGGCAACGUCAUUCAAUGAGAACUUGAAGACAUGUCUUGAAAUGUCGAUAAGAGAUGGAAUUCCGACUCAAGAUUCGCUAGAAACCUUACUCAUCUCUGUAGCGGAAAAAGGCGGGAAAGAGCGCGCUUAUGAGAAAAUGGAAGAAGUUGACAUGGAUUUCUUUAUUGAAAAAAGUCGUGAGAAGAGCAAAGAAUCCACGUCAGCAGAAGGACAGCGAGAAGAAGUCAAGUUGAAAAAGCUACAAGAAACUCAACCAGACCUGAUUGAUUAUGGCACACUAGAAGAUCCAGGAGAAGUGAAAGUAAAGGAAAUGCGAUCUUUGAGAGUUGGCUCUCUUCAGCAUCUACUUCUUCAAUUGAGUAGGGCGAAAGCAGCUAGACUGGAAAAGAAUAAAGCAAGCGGUAGUGAGCCCUCGUCUCAAGAAGCGAAAAGACGCAGUAAGGCACAGUUGCAGAAGGCAUCUUCAAUAAGUUUACCUACCGUCAGUACUGAACCCUUUCAAGUAAAGGCCUCAACCUUACCAACGACGAAGGCAACUUUUGGCGAUGCUAAGCCGAUGAAAAUGACAGUCAAGUCUAAGUUUACGAGACCGGUCCCAAUGAAGCUGGAGAAUGCGAAAGACAUGAGAAUGAGGAAAAAUGCAGUUGUUAAAAGUGCCUCGGCAGAAGUUUUUGCUACACCUAGAAGGACCGGCAAAAGGUCGGCGAAAAAGAAAGCGACGAAGAGGAAAAGAAAGUAA